AUGUUUAAGUUUAGAAAAACUAUGUUUUCAACCUCUUGCAAAAAUGGAAAAAAGGAGUAGCAAUCUCACAAUUUGAAUUUAAGGCUUAAGCAAGUUUAAAAUCUCUAUUAUUUCCUAAAUAAGCCAUUUUUAUUGCUGAGAAAUAAAUAAAUAGAUGAAGAAUAUAUAUCUACCAUUAUUAUAGAAAAAAAGCAAGCAAAGAUAAAUUAUUUUAUUUAUUUUAGUUGGCUUUACAAAAUAAAGCUUAAUCAUAUAAAAUAUUUAAAAGAUUUUAAUAAAAUAACUCUAAAAAUAUUCUUUCUAGCUUCAUUUUAACAUGCUUAGAUACUUAAAAAAGCCUUCCUCAGAAUUAUAGUUAAAAUCCAAGUUUGA